AUUCAUCGGCUAUUCACUGCUGGACAUCAGAUAUCAGUAUUAUGAUCAGAAUUUAAUGGUGAAUGCCCCUAAUGCUUGUGAAUGCUAGAUGAGAAUGAGCCAGCUUGCCAUCUCUAACAGAACAGCUGUUUAAUUUUUUUUGAUUAUAUAUAUUUAGUAAAAAUUACAAUUACGUGCAAGUUGCGAGUAUUUCACAGAGUAAACAUGGCCCAAAGCAUACUACUACGCAGUUUUAUGCUACAAAGGCGUACACUGUUGUCGCCCACAUUUACGCGCUUGAGAUGCCUAGCUGCGGUCCAUACAAACUUACGGCUGCAACAGGAAGCUGCUGCGAGUGGUGGUGCGAAAGGUAAUAGUGCGCUGCAAGAGUCACAGGGCGGCAGCAGUGUGUCCACGGACGUGCGACCCAUAGGUGAAAAGAUCAAGGAAAACACAAAGACGGCCAGCUAUACGGCCAUCAUCUUGGCGGGCCUGGGUGUUACCGGCAUUAUGUUUUAUGCUAUAUUUCGCGAGCUUUUCUCUAAUGAAAGCUCGUGCAAUAUUUACGCGGACGCGUUAAAGCGAGUUACCGAUGAUCCACGCGUGCAGAAUGCCAUGGGUACACCUAUUAAGGGGUUUGGUGAAACAUCGCGACGUGGUCGACGCCAGCAUGUUGCACACAGCAGCUUCGAACGUAAUGGCGUUCCACACAUGCGUAUGCAGUUCUAUGUGCAGGGCCCAGGAUCUGGAAAGGCCACAGUGCAGCUGGAGUCGCGUAAAACACCAUCUGGAAAUCGAGAGUAUCGCUAUUUAUUUGUACAAAUGGAUCAAUAUCCACGCACUACCAUUGUUCUGGAAGAUAAUCGCGCCUACGAUCCAACGCCGGAGCCAGCAGGCAACUCCUUUGGUAACCUGGCGCUCAUGUCGAAUAGUCGCGAUAAAUAGAAUCAACUUAAAUUCAUUGUAUUGUACUGUUAUAAAAUUUACUUAUUGACUGAAAAAUUAUACA